GCCCCACCCGCGGGAGGCCUGACUGCGCCUGCGCAGCGCCCGCUGCGGCCCGGGACGGGAAGUGGGCUGGACCCGCCUGGAGCUGCUUGCGGGGCACGGAGCUGCUAGGUGGCAGAGUGAAGACUGACUCGAGACUGUUACAUCCUUGUCCCAGCUGCAAGCUCCCCGGGAUGUUCUGAACAUCUCCUGUGGAGCCCCACAGAACAGCAGCCCGAUGGCUUGUGACGCAGAAAUCUCAGACUUCCUGAACACAUUUCUUCAAGACUUCCCAGCCCCACUGAACCCGGAGAGCCCCUUGCCAUGGAGGUUCUCGGGAGCAACUCUGAGCCGAGAAGAGUUGGAGGGCGAGCUGGCUGAGCUGGCGAUGGGCUUUCUGAGCAGCAGGAAUGCCCCACUGCCACUUGCUGCAGCUCUGACCCAUGAGGCCAUUUCCCAGAUGCUGCAGGCUGACCUUUCAGAGUUUAGGAAGUUGCCCAAGCAAGAAGAGGAAGAAGGGAAGGACAAUGAGGAAAUGAAGGCUACGGUGACCUUGUUAGAUACCACAGAAGUGGCGCGGAGUUUCUUUAACCAGCUCUGGAAAGUAAGUAGCCAGUGGCAGAAGCAGGUGCCAGUUACUGCCCGAACCCCACAGAAGGAGUGGGUGGUCUCUAUCCACGCCAUCCGGAAUGCUCGCCGCAGGAUGGAGGACCGGCAUGUGUUCCUUCCUGCCUUCAACCUGCUCUUCGGCUUAUCUGACUCUGUGGACCGUGCCUACUUCGCUGUGUUUGACGGUCAUGGAGGUGUGGAUGCUGCAAGAUAUGCUGCUGUUCAUGUACACGUCAAUGCUGCCCGCCAGCCAAAGCUGCUUACAGACCCUGCGGAAGCCCUCAAAGAAGCCUUCCAGCACACUGAUGAAAUGUUUCUCUGGAAAGCCAAGCGAGAGCGGCUGCAGAGUGGCACCACAGGCGUAUGCGCGCUUAUUGCUGGAACAAACCUGCACGUUGCCUGGCUCGGAGACUCCCAGGUCUUCCUGGUGCAGCAGGGACAGUUGAUAAAGUUGAUGGAGCCACACAGACCUGACCAACCGGAGGAGUGGGAACGAAUCCAACGAUUGGGUGGCUUUGUGACUUUCUUGGACUGCUGGAGAGUCAAUGCAGCCCUGGCUGUCUCUAGAGCUAUCGGGGAUAUCUUCCAGAAACCCUAUGUGUCUGGGGAUGCAGAUUCGACCUCCCGGGAGCUGACUGGCUCUGAGGACUACCUGCUGCUUGCCUGUGACGGCUUCUUUGACUUUGUCCACCUUGAUGAAAUUGCCAGCCUUGUCCACAGUCACCUGGUCAAACAGGAGGGCGAUGGGGCCCAUGUUGCCGAGGAGCUGGUGGCGGUGGCCCGGGAUCGAGGCUCCAGUGACAACAUCACAGUUAUGGUGGUUUUCCUCAGGGACCCCCGAGAGCUGCUGGAGAGUGGGGUCCAGGGGCCAGGCAACUCCCAAGCAGAUGUGAGAAGCCAAGACUUGUCCGCUGGCCUCUCAAAUCCCCAGACUGACACUCCACAGAGAAACUAGGUGGUCCAGGUCCCCCAUCAUUCCCUGCCCUCAACCCUUCCCUCCACCCAUGUGAGUCUCCUCAGAGGCCUUAGGACCUGACAGUCAAUAGUGAGCAGGGUGAAACCACCCACACAAUGCUUGCCCCGGCAUCCCAAGACCGCUGGCAGUGUGUGCUACACCCUGUUCUGGUGACUGCAGAACUGCUCCUGGCAGGGCUCAGAAGCAGGCAUAGGGAAAAGAUCUUACCAAAGUAAAGAUGGCCCAGGAAGUGGCCUUGACCUUCCAUCAAGGCAGGGGUGGGCCCAACAGUCAAAGACACCUGGCAGCAGUCUGACUAAAGACAGGGUGUAUAUCUGGAGCACUAGGAUACAUGUGUUGGGGACCCCUCAGCAGACCUCAGAGGUCCAUCCAUCUUCAGGAAUCUCCUGGAGUCAGGUCAAGCAGGCAGUAUAUCCUAGUAUAGCCUAGGUUUCUUAUGGCUUCUCACUGUGGCUGUGGCCAUGGCCAUGGCCAUGGAUGGCCGUGAUGGGAGGAAAAGAUCAUAUUGACGGAUAAAGGCCUGGCAGGUCUUAGUUGACCUCACUGGCUUCCCAAAGAGGUGAGAGCAACCUCUCUGGAAAGAGAGGGAAGCCAAGGGUCUGGUCCACAGCUGCCAGAGCCACCCGUGAUGUGCUAGGGUCCACAAGGCCCUCUUCCUGUUUCCCUUGAGCGCCCUGGAGAGGGGAAGCUCUGCACUUACUGACACAAGACGUGUGUGUCAUUUGUGUAUUUGGGUUUUAUUCUGGGAAUAGUCUAAUUCAGAAGCAGUAUUUCAGAUUUUGUCUUUGUCAGUGCCAAGAAGACCCAUAGUGUCAUAUAAUUUAAGCAGAGGUUGGUGUUUAUUUCUUAGAAAAUUUAAGUAUUUACUUUUUUUUCUUCUAUUUUGGAAAUAUUUUCAUUGCAGUAUUAUUGAGUUUUUUUAUUUUUUUGUUUGUGUUUUGUUUUUGUAAAUCAGGAUUGAAACAGAAACUUUUCCAGGGGGUGUUAAUAAGUCACUUAAGUGCCUUAAAUGGCUAUCGGGAGAUGAGACCUACUGGUCUACCAUGAAUUCUGACAGGCCCAUUGAAGUUCUUACAGAAGCAGCAUUUGUUUUGCUAGGAAGGCGUGAUUUUGGCUAGAGUUCUUUUCCUUCUUUGUCUUGCCAGGCACCCCCAGGAGCCUCUCUAGGGUGAUUGACAGGAGCCAUGACAUGGGUGGGGCUGCUGCCUGGGCUCUGCUAUGCCAUCUCUGGUUGGAUCCCAGGCAGAGUGAUCCUACUACUACUUGAGUAGAAUGUUCCAGAAUAUCUUUGUGUAUUUGUAAUCACACUGGUUUCUUCAUGGGAAAUUGCUUAAGAGGCUCUGGGAAGCCCAGAGGCAGCCCAGUGUCUUGGCAUUGUCUGGACACAGGGGUGAGAGGCUGCUGGCAAUCUGACAGCAUUGGCCAUAGCGCCUCCUCCCUCCAGCCCCCAGGCUCAUGUCUUCCCCUGCAGGGCUUUUUCCUAUAGCUUCGAGAAUGAAGGACUCGAUGUCCUCUUGAAUACUGGGAAACUAAGGCUCAGAAGUGGGAAGGUGAUACUUAAGUGUCUCAAGGAGCUUGUGUAGUUACGUGUAGAGUUGAAACUGGUAGGACUGAGGAGUUCAAGCAGAGGGCAGGGACAUGGCAGGAGAAAAGGGCCCUGGUGGCCCAUGGAGAACAGCUUCAGGGAAGGGCUGAGCAGCAGUAGAGCUGCUCCCACAGAGGUGCGAAGAGCAGUGGGUGGCUUAGCUAGGGCUUGUGACAGGAACAGUAAGAGGCAGCUUGGCCAUGAGAUCCCUGCAGAAGUGAUCAGAGUCCACCUGCAGACAGCAGGGUACCAGGAAACUAGGGCUGUGCUCAGUGCAUCUCACCCUUCUCCCAACUCAUGGAAAGGACAGAUGUGCAAGACCCCCCAGCCAAGUCUACAUCUGCAUGAAGGGCAGAGCCAGCCCUGGUGGCUCCUCACCUUCUCCCCUCACACUCUCCUACAGUGGGGCAUCAGGAAGUGAAACCGUACUCUAAGGCAUUGCUCAGUCUUCUGAUAGACAGCGCCUUAAGCAUUGCCAUUCAGAGAAUAGUUGGACACCAACAGUGACUAGGCAUUGCUUAGCUUAGCUUAAAGGCCCUACAGCCUUCUGAGGGCCAGAAGCCAGGGCCCCUCCUGUGUGCUCAGCAGAGGACUGGGCAAGAUUCAGGAGUGUGGCUCUAUUUAUCCCUCACUACUAGCCCAUCCUGCUCAUGGUAGUGACCUUGACAGAGAGGGAGUUUUGACUUGUUUUUCUUUGCUUUGCUAAUCUUACUCUAUUCACUACUGCUAAGAGAGGAGUUAUACCCCAGUGACAUUUGGAUCAUACCCUUUGCUGGUCUGCUUUAUUGCCUGGCCUGAGGCCCUGCCAGACCGCCUCUCAGGCUUGGCACAGGGCCAAGCCCCUUCCCCACACUUGUCUGAACACCUGCCCUAAACCCCUGAGCUGGGCUACCCUGCUGUGGGAACAGCCAGGGUCCUGAAUGCAGCAGUCUGGGCCAUCGUUAGGGUUGGUCAGGAACUGGCUUUGCAGUAGCUUCUGAGUGGAGAGAAGAACCUCUCUGACCAGGGAUACCAUGAAAAUCUGAACCCCAUUUCAAAGAGCAGCUUUCUCAUCAGCACAGUGUAUAAGCUGAGCAAGUCAUUGUACCUUUCUGGACCUCUGUUUCCCUUUUGUUAGGCAUAGGGGUUGCACAACAUCUGCUGUGGCUCCAACUGGGAAUUCUGGAAAUGUAGGGGCUACUCAAGGUAAGCCUGCAUAUCCUGGAGAGAUGCUGCCAGUGCUGAGGCCCCUCUCCUCUUGCCAGCAGGGAGGGGUGAUUAAGUAUUAUUAGUGUCUAUUCUUAAAAUUAAGUGGGUUGGAAAAGAAUCAACUUACAGAUGCCAGCGCCUUAUAUGGAAUACAAAAGCUGGAGAAAUCAAACCCUGCUUUUACAGGUGCUGCUGAUUCCCAACUGAGUCCUGCAGGGUGGUAGAAUUAGGUGAGGCAGGAAGGCAUAACCAAUUCUCAAGGGUGUCCUAGCCAAAAUUCAGGCUAGAGAGUAUGUUUUAGAGGUCUGGAGACAUGGUGUGAGUGUCACAGCCUAUGGGGUCUCAGACUCCCAGAGACCUUGCCUAAUCCCCUGCCACUGACCACAGUCUGUUUCCUACCCUCUUGGGGUAGCAUGCAGCCCCUGUCCUCACCCUCCCCUGCCAUAGCAUGUUCCAGCGUGGGUAUCCCGGCUACCUCAGCAGUAUUUCCAGUACUGGGAGGCCAGCCUUGGUCACUCCUAAGGACUGCCCCUCACCCCAAGCUACCUGGAAGCCAGGUAGACCUGUAUAAAAUAAGCUGUGUAUCUGGUUUGAUUUGCCUCUGUAUUCCAAAAGGGGCAAACUCUGGAGUCCUAUGCUUUUGCUGAGACUCCUCAACUUUGCCAAAUGUGCCGAGCUUUGCCAUUCAUGUGCCAUAUGGGCCUUGCCAAAGGUUUUUCUGUACACACUUGGGGGGCUUCCUGAGAAUUGUGUUCUUGCAUAGCAGGGGAUCUUGUUCCAAGACAUCACUGUUUUCCACGGUCUUGGGGGACAAGUUCCAAGGUGAAGGGACCAAAUUGUGGUCUCUUCCCAGGGGCCCACCAUGCUGAAGUGUCAAUAAACCAUGAAUUUCAAGACUC